ACGCCGUCCACCGAGGGCUCCGCCGCCGCCCGACCAACUCGCAGGGUAAACGAGCAGCAUGUCGUGGGUGCCUCCCAACAUGGCGGAGCUGUGCCAGCCGCGCAGCCAAGUGACCAGCUGCCAGCCGGCGGCCAUCUUGUACCUGGUACUGAUCGCGCAGAUCUUCGGCGACUCGCGCGACAAGUCGCAGCGCCAGUGCCGCGACCUGCAGUUCGACUUCGUGGUCGUGGGGGCGGGCUCGGCGGGCUGCGUCGUCGCCAACAGGCUGUCCGAGGUCGCGGAGUGGACGGUUUUACUGCUGGAGGCCGGGGCGGAGGAGCCGCGCGUGGCCGAUGUGCCGGCCUUCGCGCCCAUGCUUCAGGAGAGCAGCGUCGACUGGCGCUACCGCACCAUGCCCGAGCCGCGCAGCUGCCUGGCGCGCCGCGAUGGCCGCUGCCCCUGGGUGCGCGGCAAGGUCAUGGGCGGCUCAUCCACCGUCAACUACAUGAUAUAUGCGCGCGGAAAUCGCCGCGACUACGACGAGUGGCGCGACGACGGCAACCCGGGCUGGGGCUACGACGAUGUGCUGCCCUACUUCCUCAAGUCGGAGGACAACGGUGACUGGGAGAUUCGCGACCGCAACCCGCGUUACCACUCUACCGGGGGCUACCAGUCGGUGGAGUGGUUCCCCUACCAGGACCGAAACGUGCACACGAUCCUGAACGGGCUCGCCGAGAUAGGCUACCCCGGCACCGACGUGAACGCUGAGCAGCAGAUCGGCUCCAUGCAGCUCCAGACGACGUCCCGGCGUGGAGUGCGCCAGAGCACGAACGCGGCGUUCAUACGGCCCAUACGUCGCAAGAGGCACAACCUGUUUGUCAUGACCGAAGCGCAUGUCACGAGAGUCCUCGUUGACGGACAAGAUAAAAAUGCCUACGGGGUGGAGUUUUUCCGCAAAAAUGAACAGAAACCGAGAAGGGCAAUCGCAAGGAAAGAGGUGAUAUUAUCGGCAGGGAGCAUAAACUCCCCAAAAAUUCUCAUGCUUUCAGGCAUUGGCCUUCAAGAACACCUGAAAUCCGUGGGAAUCAAAGUUAUAAAAGAUUUAAAAGUUGGUUACAACCUGCAGGACCAUGUUACCCACGAUGGUGUUGCUUUCAUUUUGAACUUGACUGCAAUUACAGCUGACGAAUCCCAAAAGUUGCGUGAUAUAUACACUUAUCAACAAACUAAUACCGGUCCACUGUCUUCUACUGGUCCCUUACAAACAGGUGCUUUUAUUCAAACACGCUUCGCGGAAUACAAGGGUGUACCGGACAUCCAGUUCUCAUUCGACAUAGCGAGUUUGAACAAUUUAUUGCUAGCACCGGAAGAUACGACGACUGUAGAACCGCAUUCAUACUACGAUGGUAUUACUGUACGAGGAAUACUGCUCAGGCCAAAGAGUAGAGGAUUUUUGACUCUCAAUAGCACAAAUCCAGUUUGGGGCCCGCCUAUUAUCUAUCCUAGAUAUUUCUCGGAAAGCCCCGACUUGGAUGUAGUUGUAGAUGGCAUUCGAAUCGCAACACAACUGGCAUACACAAAGGCAUUUCGCAGAGCGGGUGUUGUUCUGUUUGAUAUGCCUUUCCCCGCAUGCAGACACUUCAACUUUGGGAGCAAUCAAUACUGGCGUUGUGUAGUGAUGUCGUAUACAGCUACUAUCUACCACCCAGCUGGGACGUGCAAGAUGGGCCCAAAAAACGACAAGGAAGCUGUAGUAGAUCCAAGAUUACGAGUUUAUGGGAUUAAAAACCUACGAGUAAUCGAUGCUUCCAUUAUGCCAAAAAUUGUUCGUGGAAACACUAACGCACCAACAAUUAUGAUUGCUGAAAAAGCAGCAGACAUGAUAAAACAGGACCAUAUGCACAGUUAUUCAUACAAAUAAAAAAAAAAUGGCAAUCAAAUAUUAAAUUUCUAGGUGUAAUGUUCAAAAUGCAUACAAGAUAAAUGGAAUAAAUUUACAGUCGGAAUAACCUCUGUGCGUUUAAAAUUAAUGACCGCAUUCAAUACAUUUGUAAUUUUUAACAAAAAUCAAUUACUAUUUUAAGAUAUUGAAUUAGUUAAUUUCAGGAUAUACAAAAUCCAAAAAGCAGUAAAUACCUAAAUUUUCUAUAUCUUUGAAGAUUCAUCAUUCGUAAGUUAGUUAAUAAUUUUGCACACAUUACCAUAAAUUAAUUUGGAAUUUUCAACAGUAUGUUUGUAUUCUCAAUACAUAUUUAUCACACGGUUCUCAUGAACAGUUUUAGUUUUUUGUAUGUUAUAAUCAUAAAUGUAAUUGCCAAACUAAAAAAAAAACUUUUAUGUAUCAAACAAUUUUUUUAAGAUUUACAUAUCUACCUCGAAUACAAGCAAUUGUUUUACAAUUGUAAUGUGGAAUGGAAAGUGUUGUACGAGUGAAAUUGUGACAAAUAAAUCGUUUAAAAAAAUUGG